AUGGAAACCAAACUGUUUUCUAUCAUUCUCUGUUUGUUAGCAUUGGAGGCGACCGGCUCAAGUCUGAAAAACCUAACAUCAAUUCAACAUGGUACGGAAAACGCAUCCGCAAGGUCGGCGCCAAUAUCGCAACCGCCACCAGUUGUUCGAUUUGAUUUUGAUGCCUAUGGCACACUAAUUUUCACCAUAAUUUACAAUCGCAUUUUAGUGGCCGAAAAAAGAAACCAGUUUGCUUUUCUGAUGAUUGUUCGCAGUGAAGCAAAACGGUUUGAAGUCCCGGGUAAUUUGGCCAAUUUGCUACAAAGUACUAAUUACUUACCAUCUUUGAAAACAGACGGUGUAUACCCUCCGAACGCGCGAUCGAAUCUGGUCAUUGCGGGAGUGGGAAAAAAGCCUCGUGGUGCGAGUGAACUUGCCUACCACGCCGAGAAGAAGCUCAUUAACUCCAUGCCCACAAUGGAUAGAUAUUAUGAUGAGGCGUACGGCUUAAUUUGCCCGUGGCUUAUUAUGCUUGGCUCAGCUUAUGAUACCUGCUGUGGAUGCAGUAUAAGGGGUAAAUAACACGAUAAACUGGAAAUAGUUUACAGGCGUGCCACUAGAAAACUGACACGGCAAAUAUUGCACUAGCAACACCGCGAUCCAAACACCCGCGCGUAUUUACUGCUUGUAUUGAAAAAAUUGGAAAUAGUAUUGUCUUCACGAAGUUCUAGCAAAAGGUUUAUGGAAGACUACGAGAGUUUAAAGUCAGGAUAACUUCCAUUUGUUGCAAGGAAAAAGCGGUGAAAUUCAGCCGUUUCCUUAUAGUAAACGCUUUUCUUUUCCCGUGUUUACUCCUAUUAUUCCCGCCAUUUCUGUAUACUCGCGCAUGCACUUUAUACGUUUGACCGCGGGGUUGGCACUGGCAAUACAUUCUUGUUGAACGCUUUGGGCUUAGAGCAUAGAGAGCUGUGGGAUUUGUAAACAAGGGAAUAAGACAAAGCAAAGCAUUUUUCUUGCCCUCCAGAUAUUGUUAUGUAAAGUGUUUUUAUGUGAGCUGCAAAGAACUGCAAAGGGCCUAUUGUAUAUACAUAAUUUAUACAUAAUUUAUACAUAAUUUAUACAUAAUUUAUACAUAAUUUAUACAUAAUUUGCUGUUUCACAACAGGUUACCAGAAGUGUGCACAGCGUUUCGUCGCGGAAAAAGAGAAAUAUGUUCGACAGACAACUUGCACAAACAUUAUUUGGUUCGUGUACGUUGGUGAGGUUCGCAAGUGGUCAGACUGGCAACAGGCACUGCUGUUGUACACUAGGAAUAAUAUUAAGACGUUUGCCCUCUUGAUCUAG